GGGCGGAGCUCUGGAGGAGACUUUGCCCUCUCCCCAUCGCCCACAGUUCACCCUCAUCUGAAAGCGAGAGAAGUGUCACACUCCCAGGAACUCUGUUACCGCGGUGGAAAACUAAAAGACUCUCGGAUCGCUGUUUGGAGACGAGGGUUUAGAGGUUUUACUUUUGGACUGUUUGGUUUGAGUCCAGGAGGCCAAAAUGGAAAUGCACUUUGCAGAGGCCCCAGGCUCAGUGAAGGUCACAGAAUGGCAGCAGUCGUAUUACGGGACAGAUUCAGGCAUCCAGUCAGGAGCCACUACGGUUCGCUCAGAUCAAGAUGGAAGAGAGUACAGCAACAAGAAUUUCACCUACUCCGCCACAUUCACAGAGAACCCUGCAGAUGUGGAGUCUCAGUAUAAUGUGACUCGUUCCCAGCGUGUGAGGGCGGCCAUGUUUCCUGAGACCAUGAUGGAGGGAACGUCCGUCCUUUCCACUCAGAUGGAUUCGUCCCAGCAAACCAAUGUACAGAAGCUGGCCGAACCGUCUCAGCAGCUCAAAGCCGCCAUCAUUCAUCUCAUCAACUAUCAGGACGACGCCGAACUCGCCACACGCGCCAUUCCAGAGCUCAUCAAACUCCUCAACGAUGAAGACCAGGUCGUGGUGAAUAAGGCAGCUAUGAUCGUGAACCAGCUGACCCGCAAGGAGGCGUCCCGUCGGGCUAUGAUGCAGUCCCCACAAAUGGCGGCCGCUGUGGUGAGAGCCAUGCAGAACACAUCCGACAUGGAGACGACCCGCGCCACAGCCAGCAUCCUGCACAACCUUUCGCACCAGCGCGAGGGGCUGCUCGCCAUCUUUAAAUCAGGAGGCAUUCCCGCUCUGGUGCGCUUGCUGAGUUCUCCGAUGGACUCAGUUCUUUUCUAUGCGAUCACCACCCUGCACAACCUGCUUCUGCAUCAGGAGGGAGCCAAGAUGGCAGUGCGUCUGGCUGAUGGUCUGCAGAGGAUGGUUCCCUUGCUGAAGAAAAGCAACCCCAAGUUCCUGGCCAUCACCACGGACUGCCUACAGCUGCUUUCCUAUGGCAACCAGGAGAGCAAGCUGAUUAUCCUGGCUAACGGUGGCCCUGAAGGUCUAGUGCACAUCAUGAGGACUAACACCUAUGAGAAGCUGCUCUGGACCACUAGCCGUGUGCUCAAAGUGCUCUCUGUCUGUCCUAGUAACAAACCUGCUAUUGUGGAUGCUGGUGGAAUGCAAGCUCUUGGUAAGCAUCUAAAUGGCUCUACUCAACGUCUGAAUCAAAACUGCCUGUGGACCUUGAGAAACUUGUCAGACGCUGCAACCAAACAGGACGGACUGGAAAAUCUACUCCAAGUGCUGGUGGGCCAGCUGUCCUCUGAUGACAUCAACAUGCUGACCUGUGCCACGGGCAUCCUGUCCAACCUCACCUGCAACAACACACGCAACAAAACACAGGUGACCCAGAGUAAUGGCGUGGAGGCUCUGAUUCACACCAUCGUGAGGGCCGAUUCAAAACAGGACGUGAUCGAGCCAGCUGUCUGUGCCCUGCGCCACCUCACCAGCCGGCACCCGGAGGCAGAGUCUGCACAGAAUGCUGUACGAAUGUAUUACGGCAUCCCCGCUAUUGUCAAAUUACUCAAUCAGCCCUACUACUGGCCAGUCAUUAAGGCUGUGGUUGGUCUGAUCCGUAACCUGGCGCUGUGUCAAGCCAAUCAGGCUCCUUUGAGAGACGCUGAUGCCAUUCCCAAACUGGUCACUUUGCUUUCGAAAGCUCAUCAGGAUGCACAGAAACCUGGUUCAGCUGCUCAACAAACAUACCAGGAUGGGGUGAGAAUGGAGGAGAUCGUGGAGGGCUGCACUGGUGCUCUGCAUAUCUUGGCCAGAGAUCAUAUUAACAAAACCACCAUUUCCAACAUGGACACCAUUCCUCUCUUUGUUCAGCUGUUGUAUUCUCCAUUGGAUAACGUCAAGCGUGUGGCAGCUGGUGUUCUGUGUGAACUGGCUCUUGAUAAACAGUCCGCAGAGAUCAUUGAUUCAGAAGGAGCCUCUGCUCCUCUCAUGGAGCUCCUCCACUCCAGCAACGAAGGGACCGCCACCUAUGCUGCUGCAGUUCUCUUCCGAAUUUCCGAGGACAAAAACCCCGACUAUAAGAAACGAGUUUCAGUGGAGCUCACACACUCACUCUUCAAACACGACCCUGCUUCUUGGGAAAUGGCACGCAACAUGGUGGAACCUGGCCUUCCAGAGGACGAGAUGGAUGGUUACGGCCACGCAGGAUUUCAAGGAUACAGUGAUGGCAUGCACGUGGAUGGUAUGACCCUAGAUCAAGAAAUGGUAGAAGAUUUUGGGCCAGGCAUGGGUUACAACCAAAUGCCCAGACACUACAAUGAUUUUUAACAGCCCGAUGAUGAACUGAGCUCCAAUGAAAAAUACAAGAGACAGAAGCUCUUAGCGGAGUUUUUUUUUUUUUUCAUCACUGGGUGCCUGUGGUCCAUUUCUCAGUAAACACACGGUCACUGCUGUAAUAUAUGCAAUUCUCUUCUCACUGUUCUGGGAGACGCAGAAUCAAGCACAAUUAUAAGCUGCCUUCAUACAAGGAAGACAGCAUGUUCUUUUUGUAGGAAAUAUUAUAUUUUAUCGUUUCUUAUGGGUGCAUUAAUACAUUGUUGGUAAGAGGACUGGUUAACUAUGCCAAAGAGAUUUUAUUAUAAUAUUUUAUAAUGAUAAUCACAUUGCUUUUUAUACUUAAGAUUUUGGAAAAUACAAUUGUUUUAGGUUUGUGAUCUCACAAUUACUGACCCGAAGUCAGUUUAAUAGCUUCGUUCACGGUGGUUUUAGUCAGAUGGGUGGUCAGAGCUGAUCUGUAAUCAUUGUUAUAGUUCCUACAGCUCUUAUAACUCAAUACAGUGCAUUUCUAUGUUUCUUCCCUUACAGAGUCAAGUCAAAUACUGGUGUUACAUGUAACCUUUCCCCACUUGUUUUUUUUUUUUUUCACUGCAUAUAUUUGUUUUGCUGAAAUUGUCUUAAUGUGUAGCCAAGGAUAUACUGAUUUUAUUUUUGAAUUGCUAUGUGUAUGGAUAUUUUUUUUAUUAUUAUUUGCGUGAUAAAUGCUGUGCUGAUUGAAAGGGACUAAUGUUUAACCAAACAAACUUUAAAAGUUUUAAAACUAGCUUCACAUUUGUUCAGGUAUUAACAGGCAAGCUGAACAAAGGGAUUCUUUGUAGCAUUUUUACUUCACUUUGUCCAAAAAAAUGAAAUAAAAUCAUGUUAUCUACUG